UUAUUGUGCGCUUGUGUGGUUCCGGUAGCGCUCCCUCCUCCAAAUAAGCGCCCUUUCUUGAACGUUUCGCUCUCGAUCUCUCCUUUCCCUGCGGUGUUCCCGGACUGCUGUCAGUCUAUUUCGUAUUCCUGCUACAACAGUAUCUAUUACACUACGUAGAAUAAGAUGGUAAGUAAGCAUGUAGCCAGUCUGUGCAUAAUAGCGUUCUAAAUAUUGCGCACUUCAAUGAGGAGUACCAUUCUUUGCAGGCUGCUGAUCGCUACAAUAUCCACAGCCAGUUGGAGCACUUGCAGUCUAAAUACGUGGGCACGGGACAUGCAGACAUCACCAAGUUUGAAUGGCUGGUGAAUCAACACAGAGACAGUUUUGCAUCCUACAUGGGACGUCCCAAUCUCCUCGAGUUCUUUGCUGUUGCAGAGAAUGAGAGCAAGGCUAGAGUCAAGUUCAGCUUUCUUCAGAAAAUGCUGCAGCCUUGUGGAGCUCCUCCAGAGAAAGACGAAGACGACUAGAUAGUGUUCAUCAAAUUUUGUUCAUCCUUGAAAUCUCUUGUGCAUGCGUGUAAAAUAUUUCAUUCGCGUUCGUUGUGCAAGGACGCGAAAAUUUACGUGCACGCACCAGCUCCCUCUACUGCUAGCGAUGGAGGUAGCGGAUGAAAUAGAGGGUCAGUUUGAUGAUGCCGAAGAGGACGGCGUUACUGCAGACAAACGCAGCGGUGUGCCUUCCGACGAAGACAGCUUCAGCUCUGACGGGGAGGUGGGCGAUAAUUGGGGGUGCGACUGGGACGACGAGACGAGCGACUUUACGAAGCGCUACAAUGCCACUCGAAGUGGACAGCCGCAGGCCAACAAGAACGUACCGUCCUCUGCAAAGCCAAGAGACCCCUCCGGCAACAGCUCCGCGGUGUUGGCUCGCCUGGAAAGCAAGGUCAACCUUGGAACCAUAGAAUUCCCUCUGACCAACGCGGCGUCCAGCAAUAUCCUAGGUGCCUCUAGGAAAGCCGAGGCAAGUCGGACCAGAAACAAAGACAAGUCGGACAGAGCCACUGUUGAGCAGGUCCUGGACCCGAGGACUCGCAUGAUACUCUUCAAGUUACUGAGCCGCGGGGCCAUAGAGGAGAUACGUGGCUGCGUGAGCACGGGGAAGGAGGCAAACGUUUACUACGCCACGGGACGCGACGGGACCGGCUGUGCCGUUAAAAUUUACAAGACCUCGAUCCUGGUCUUCAAAGACAGGGACAAGUAUGUCACGGGAGAGUUUCGGUUCCGGCACGGCUACGCCAGGCACAACCCGAGGAAGAUGGUACGUGUGUGGGCCGAGAAGGAAAUGAGAAACCUGACGAGACUCCGCAACGCCGGGAUCCCCUGCCCGCAGCCAGUCCUUCUCAAGAGCCAUGUCCUCGUCAUGUCUUUCCUGGGAGAGGACGGAUGGCCCUCCCCGAAACUGAAAGACGCCCGUCUUAGUGAGGGGAAGGCACGAGAGCUGUACUACGAGUGUGUUCUCCACAUCAGGAACAUGUACCACAAGUGUCGGUUGGUCCAUGCAGACCUCAGUGAGUACAACAUGCUGGUCCACGAAGGCGGGCUCUACAUCAUUGACGUCUCGCAGUCAGUCGAGCACGAUCACCCCAGAGCGCUCGAGUUCCUCCGGAAAGACUGCUGGAACGUGACGGAGUUUUUCCGUCGCAGAGGGGUCUGUGCCAUGACCGUCAGAGAACUGUUUGACUUUGUGACGGAUCUCUCGCUAGGAGAUGACCGGGUGGAGGAAUACCUGAGGAGAAUGGAAGAGAAGACUGUGGAGAGAGAGCCUGGGAGCCAAGAGGCCGAGGACUUAGUCUCCGAG